AUUUAAUUUACAUAGACUCUAUAAACCAGUCCAUCUAAAACUUUUAAAAAAAUGUUCGCAUCUUCGACCUCUUUGGAUCAGGUUAGGGUAAGGUUACUGCCGUGGGACUCACGUGUAAACAAUAAAUUUUGAUGUCAGUUUCCAGUUCGGUUCAUUAUGAGUGUAAGGCAAGGUAAUUUGUCGUCCCUUCUUAUUCUGGAGCACUUUGGGGAGCCGCACAGAAAGAUACACGAUGAAUUGUUGUGGGGGCCUAGAACUCUCAAAUUAAUUAUUUCUAAUACCGGUGUUCCUAUUACAAUUGUUAAAAAAGUAUUGAGUAUAUUCAUUCAGUAUGGAUUUGUCACUUUUGAUUCCAAUAAAAUUGGUAUAGCUGAAUAUGUACUUCAACCAGAAAAAAUUCUUCUGCUCCUUCGUUAUCCUAGGUAUUUGUCAUUAAUAAAUGAAAAAUAUGGCGACUCAUCGAGGCACUUGAUCGAGGUUGUUCUUAAAUUUGGUAGACUUACAGCUACCAAAACAAUCCUUCAGGCAUGGAUUAAGUUAAAAGUCGUUAAUGCUUCAGGUAAUUUAGCGAAAUUUAACACAAAGGUUGCUGGGUUAAGAGAUUCAUUCAACGAAUUAGUUACUAAUCAGUAUUUGGUGAAAUGCCCUGCUCCAGAGAACGAUGUAGAGCGAGUGCCAAUUCUCUCUGUGAAAGAUGAAGAUAUGCAUAAACCUGUGGUACUCGAUAUUCAAAAAUUAAUUCAGCUUGAAAAGGGUGAAAUCAAGGAAGAAACUAUCGAAAAUGAUAAAGAUUUAUGGAGAUGCAAUUUUGAUAGAUUUCAUCAAGAUAUUAGGGAUGAAAUCAUGAUCAAUGCUAUUAAGAGAAGAUUUGAUAGCCAUGCUGGAAAAUUAAUGGAAGUGCUAUUGAAGUUGAUUUAUAUUCGGACCGACCCAUGGACGACUCAGAGUAAUCCCGUGCCUCUUGCUGAGAUCAGAGACGCGCUUGAGAAAGAAAAAUGUAAUCCAUACUUGAUUCAAUAUUUGGAACAAUACAUCAAAGUUAUAGAAGAUGAUUCUUGCCAGUUUAUUAAAAGAAUAUCAGAGGGUUCAAGUGGCUCAGUGUAUGUUAAUUUUGUUUCUGCCUUCAGAAGUUUGGCUUCAUCGACUAUUGAUAGUAUCGUUGAGCAUAGGUUUGGACUUAAAGCAGCAAGAAUUUUCAGGCUCGUGAGGAGUAAAAUUUAUAUUGAUCAGGAGCAGCUUCAAAAGAUUGUGUUGAUUCCUGAUAAAGAAGCUAAGCAACUUACUUAUCGCCUUCUUCAAGAAAGUUUUCUUCAAUUGCAUGAAUUGAAAAAAGCUGCCACGUCAGGAGGACCAGUGAAAAAUUUCUAUUUAUUUCAUAUUAAAUUUAAUCAGGUUUGUCAAGUUGUUUUGGAUAUGUGCUUUAUAACUGUUUCCAAUACAUUAUCACGAGCAACUUAUGAAAAAAAUGAAAAUAUGAGAUUGAUUGAGAAAUUCGAGAAGCUAACUUCACUGACUCAGAGUUUGCGUGAUCAGGGAAACGAUGAAACUUACAUAAAGCAAGUUAUGGAUGAACUUAUGUCUCCGCCUGAGAAAUCAUUAUUGGAUUCAGUGGAGGGAAUGAUCCAAAAGCUGCGGUUUUCGGAACUCAAUUUAGAUGAAACUCUGUUUAUACUUCAUCUUUACGGUUAUUACGAUUCUUUUGAAAAUCAAGAAAAAAAAUAAUUGUGUAUCAAAAUUUAUACUUGUAUGAAUAUGAAUUGUAAAUAACAUUUGUAUAUAUUUAAUGUAUAAAUAUAAAAAAGUUUUUGUUAUUAUUUGUUAAUUUUAUUUAUUUAUAAUUGUUUAAUAAAACAUUAAAUUAAAGACUCUUUUUUUAUAUUUUUGAAUUAAUAAUCUUGAAGUAUCCAGGAAAUCACAAAAAAAAAAAAAAAAAAUUAUAAAAAAAAGUCUUGUAAUAAGUUAAAAAAAGGAAAUUAAUGUGGGAUAUACUUGUUAUUUUUCAAUUACAAAAUUACUAUGCUCGCACUUCCUGUUCCAAAUUUCAGUGCGAGUUUUCUGUACCUUCGAUAGUGCUGAUCUCUUUUAGUGAAUUUUGGAAAUAUUAGUGCCUUUUUUAUAUAUAUUAGAUAGUGCUACACUUUUUUUUUUUUAGAUUUUAAUACCAUAGUGCAACUACCUUCAAUCAGUUACAGAUAACUGAACUAUUAUUGGAACUAUUAUUCCAACUUUGUUUUAAAUUCUAAAUGAUUACUAAAAUUGUAAUUUCUGCAUUGUAGUAUUUUUUAAAUGUUUAUUUAUUUAAUUCUUAAUAUGACAGGGCAGCAUAGUCUUCCAUAAUGUGUUAAUAAAUUAAAAUUUUAUCCAAUAAAUCCUGUUAUUUGUUUUCAUCUUGAAGUAUACAGUUGGAUGUUAUAUAGCUUUAAGUUAGUUUCUGUCUUCUAAUGAUUUAAAUAAUAAAUUAUUUUGUAAUGUCCUUUUCAUUAGAAAUUACAUAAUUAAUUUAAAUAUUUAUCUAAAGUUUUCAUAGUGAGUCAAAUGAAGUUUUGAAGACAUCAAGAGGUAUCGACAGUGUUCAUAAAUAUUAUGGAUAUUUAAUAGUUAUGUAUUAUUAAAUAUACGGUAAACUGUAAUAUAAGUAAACAAAUAGAUGUGUUUCUGUGACAGGUUCUUUUUAGUUUAUCCAAUUCUAUAUAAUUAAGCAUGUCUGUAUGUUCUAUUAACUUCAGGUUUAUAUUAUUUGAAUGUAUAUCUGAUU